AUGUCCAAGUUGAUCGCACGGUACACUACUUUCCCUAAACUCCUCUUCCGGCUGAGCAAUCGGCCAACGAUAAAGCUCCGCGAUUUCGAUCCCAGGCGAGAGUCUGGGGCCUAUGAUGUGAAAAUAAAGCAUGGAGUAGUGCAGCCAAUUGCAAUGACCAGUGAAACCUACCAGAGACCAAACGGGGCUUCGAUGCGAGCCAAUACCUCCGUCCAGCAGAAGCUGGUACAAGAAUUCAAAGGCACUAAAGUCCGAGUAUACUGUGUGCCAGCUGAAACUGUUCUCCCAGAAGACCUUGUUCUCGUCCAUGAAUUUGGUGGACAUUACUCCUUGCAACCCAAGGUCGAGAUGACCUUGCCCGGUGGGCAUGGCCGAGCUCCCGAAAAGUCACGGAAGCUAAUGUGGGUAGAAUUGAACGCCAAACUCACUGCAUUCUAUACUAGUCAGGCGAGUGCCUUGACAAAGGAGGAUUGGCAAAAGCAAUACCCCGAAGCCACUGAAUAG